AUGAUGUUCACCAAGACCCUCGGCCUUGCCGCUCUCUUCUCCACCAUUGUUUCGGCCCUUCCCCAGGAGAUGGUCCGCCGCUCGGGCAUCGUCCGCCGUGAUGGCGGCGGUGUCACGAUCACCAACAACCUGUCCCAGGACGUCUACGCCUGGUCCGUGGCCGGCGACGUCGGUCCCAUGCAGACCAUCUCGGGCAACGGUGGCACCUACUCCGAGACAUGGCGCACCAACCCCAACGGCGGUGGCAUCUCUAUCAAGUUGGCCCUCGAGCCAGAGCAGAUCGGUGUCCUCCAGUUCGAGUACACCGAGGCUGGCGAUACCAUCUUCUGGGAUAUGUCUUGCAUUGACAUGCAGUCCGGCAGCAACAAGUUCACCGACCAAGGCUUCUCCGUCGUGCCUUCCGAUGAGACCUCCACUUGCCCCACGGCUAUUUGCAAGGCCGGUGACACCGCUUGCUCCGCUGCGUACCUCCAGCCCACUGAUGACCACGCCACCCACGGCUGCCCCAUCGACACUGCUCUGGAUCUCUUCAUUGGCCAGUCCUAG